AUGUACAUGGUUCAAGGACACUUGCUUUGCGCCAUUCUGCUGAUGUUAGUGUCAGUAUCAAAACAAAUUGCCAAGCACAUGAAGCGCAAAUAUACAGAGGGAAUUUAUAUGCGUGUGGUUGUGUGUAAGCGGUUGAUUCCAGGAACAAGUUAUAUAGUAAUACAACCAAAAUAUAAUGCAGUUCAUUUUAGUUCUCCCACGGGCACAAGAGAAAGGCUGUUGCUAUGCUCGUCAGCUACAGUGCUACCGCAGAAGAGGCGUUUUAGUUCAGAGUUAAACGCCUUACUUGGUCGGGUGGUGAUAGUUGGAGCAACACGAGCGGCGCUUGUGACUACCGGGGUGACAAUGGCAGGUGAAGUAAAAUGGUUAUGGAAGAGCACUUUGACGGAGAGCUACUUCGAGCCUCAUACAGCGUGCUACCAACUUGGACUGUCCACCCAUGAACCUUUACUCGAGGAGCACGUUAUUCAAGCGCUGAGGCACCUCUAUAGGAAGGUCCCCUCUCUGCGCGCGUGUUACGGGGAGCGACAUGGCGAGAGGUGGAUGAGAGAGAUGGCAGAGGAGAUCAUCGACUUCGAAGUGAUCUCAGAUGCUACAAUAGAUGAUGAAAUACACCACUCAAUGCACAACAUUAGCCUUAACAACGACAAGGGCCCUUUGUGGUGCGCCAGACUCUUGCCCGGAGUAGCAGAAUUCAAUGUGUCAGAGUUCCCUAACGUCUGUACACUGUUUCUGGUUGUUAAUCACAGCAUAUCGGAUGGGACUUCCAACAUGAAGACUUGCGGUUUCUUUGUUCAGCUUCUUGAUGCUGUGAUCGCUGGAAAACCUAUUGAUGAUAAGGAACAGCUUGGAGUGUUCGUGUCGGAUGAAAAGACGCAGAAACUGAUACAGGAACAAUUAGACUUCCUGGAGGCUAACCCUGACCUGAUGCUGAAGACAAAGGAAGAGGUUCGCGCGUGCCAGAGUAUACGCUCUCUUGUGAAAUCGACUUAUAAAGGAGUGGGAGACGUCGUGGCAAAAACUCUAACGUUGACGAAAGAACUGGAUCCAGACAGCACAGCCUCCUUCAUCAAACGGUGUCGGGCUGAAGGUGUCACUGUCAACUCGGCCUUCGCAGCUCUUGCCAACAUUACCACGGUGGAGAUCCUGGUCGAAGGAGGACUCGAGCAGGACACGUACACCAUCCGGGGCGACCACCUUUUUAACGCUCGUAGGUACUGGGGAGGGGACACCUCUCAGUACCUGGGUUGUCACGUCCUACCUCUACAGCCUGUGCUUAUCGAAACGCCACGCAAUGUUGGCGAGAACUUCUGGGAUUUUGCGAGACUGACUCACCAGAAGCUCUUGGAGAAAAUUAAGGGCGUCACAGCACUGCAAGAGGAAGCCAUGAAGCCCUUCGUGCCAAAGAACCCGGACUUCAAACCCAACUUUGAAUUUGAAUUUGUUUUAACGAACAUGGGAGAUGUGACAGAAACAGUAACCGAAGGCGGCCAAAAUGUGGAUGUAAUUAACGUUAUUAGGUCUGUCUGCAUACAAACUGCUCCCAUUGCAUUUGAUAGUUUCAUUCACAGUUUCCGUGGGCGCUUUAUGCACACUCUUGUCUACAACUCUUCAUUCAUUAGCCCGAAAAUGGCAAAAGACUAUUGUGAGAAGAUUUUUAACAGUAUCCGAAAAUUGUAUUAAAAAUUAAAUGUUUGUAUAAUCUGUAUAUCAGAGAAAGUAUAUACCAAGAUAAAAGUAUUUGGAACUACUAGCAUUAAAACUGACAUAAUUUACAAAUAUAAAAAAUAUCUCUAGAAACCUAUUCUUAAUUUAAUUCACUUUAACAAUUCAUAUAUGAAACAUGUAUUUAAUCUGUAUAUCGAGCCUUGGAGAGUGUUAGGUUCCUUCACUAAUUUUGAGUGGCACAGGAGUUGCAUUGUUAGGCGUCUAGUGUAUACUGUUUUAUAUGAUUUUCUUAUGAUAAUACUCAUUACAGUCAAACACAACAGCAAGUAUAGUGAAG